UUCUUACUCUGGCAUCAUCUCUGUGCAAUAGGUUGUGAUCAGGGGCAGACUGACCAUUUGGAAACUCGGGCACUGCCCGAGGGCCUGGGGUCAGUAGGGGGCCCCAAGAGAUGCCCCUGGUACCUUAUUCAUAGGCUUUUUUGAGUUUGGGCAAGGACACAGGGGCCCCAUGAUCCCCUAUUGCCCAGGGGCCCCAUGAGUUAUCAGUCCGCCCCUGACAUAAGGUGAUGGAAAAUCCCAAAUUUUUAAUUAGACACUGAAAAAGGAAUAGAUGUGAAAUCUUCCAAUGGGACACCUAUCACAGAGGUUUUUUUCCUCAUUUUGAAAGAUU